AGCAUUAAAUAUCCAUUCAUCUUCCCCAAUCACCCAUCCCAACUCCCUUGAAAGCUGUCUCUCUCCAACCUUCUCUCUCUCUUGCUCCCACUACUGUCACCAGUUUAUCUUUUUCUCUUCAAAAAGCAAACAAAAAUCCAAUCUUUCUAAGAAGGGUGUCUUAGUCAAGCCACAAACUAGAAACAUAAACUCAAAUCAAGGAGUAAAAAGUGAAGAACCCACAAAAACAGAACCAGAAAGCCUGUCUUUCUUCUUCACCACCAGCAAAGCAGAGACAAACCACUAAAGUUUUUUGGGUAAAAAGAUCAAUCCUUUGUGGACAAUACAUUCAUGGGUUGUUCUGCUUCAAGGCCUGAUACUCUCCAUGCCAGGAAUAAUAAUCACCCUGAAGAAACAAACUUGCCCUAUGCUUCUCCUUCUUUAAGCAACUCUGGUUUAUCAGCAUCUUCUUUUUUGUUUUCGCAAUGUUAUUCUUCUUCUUCUUCUUCUUCUUCUUCUUCUUCUUCUCUACCAGUUCGUAGAGCACUUUCUCUUCAAACUCCUCUUGUUCACCAUCCUCCUUCAAAAAAAGGUGAUUCUCAUCACCUUGUUUCUCUCACUUCCACUACUUAUGGCUCUCUUCUUCUUAUAAAUGAACCACCCAUUAAAUCCAGCCAGCCACAAUCACCGCCAAAAUUUACCAAAACCACUCACAGAACCCCAAUACCAGCUGACCCCGGUGUGUCUUUUUCUCCUGAUUCUGUUAUCAACACUUGGGAACUCAUGGAUGGCUUAGAUGAUGACCUGGAUUUCCAAAACCCAAAAAAGCCACCACUUUCUGAUCAUCAGGUUAACUCCAAAUCUAGCUCCUUUCAGCAUCUGGGUUUUGAUGAUUCUGUUAAAAAGGUUGAAGAUUCUGUGAAAUCAGAAGAAGAAAGUAUUGUUGUUGAGAAAUCAUUUUCUUCAUUGUCCAAGCCUUUGUGGAAGCAUUUAUCAGAGGAAUCACUUCUGUCUAACAUGGAUCCUGAUGUUGUUUCUAGUUACAGGCGUGCAUUGUCGUCAAGGCAAUUGGGUUAUACUAAAGAAUCCAAGUGUACGGCAAGAUCAGUAGGUUCUAGUCCUAUGAAUUAUUCAUCAGCUCAUAAAAAUGGCUUCUUUUUGCAUAAUACUAGAGAUGACAAAAUUGUCUUGUAUUUUACAAGUUUGAGAGGAAUUAGAAAGACUUAUGAGGACUGUUGUGCAGUCAGAAUGAUAUUCAGGGGUUUUCGAGUUCCAGUCGAUGAAAAAGACAUUUCAAUGGAUUCUUCAUAUAGAAAAGAGUUGCAAAGUAUGCUUAAAGGGAAAGCAAUGUGCUUACCACAAGUGUUUAUCAGAGGAGAACAUAUUGGUGGAGUGGAAGAAAUUAGGCAGCUUAAUGAAGCUGGUGAGCUGGCAAAGCUUUUAGAAGGGUUUCCUGUUAGAGAUCCAAGGUUGGUCUGUGAGAAUUGUGGGGAUGCAAGGUUUGUGCCAUGUCCAAAUUGCAAUGGUAGUAGGAAAGUUUUUGAUGUGGAGCAGGAACAAUUGAGGAGAUGUCUUGAUUGCAAUGAAAAUGGCUUGAUUCGCUGCCCUGGUUGCUGCUCAAAAUACUACUAAUUGCUGCAUAAUUUUGAUGCUUAGCAAGCCUCUUGAGGAAAUCUAAAUACUGCUGCUACUCUUAUCACUAUUUUGAGAUUCCUAAUGCUAUUAGAAUUUGUUUAUUACUGAAUUGGGUAUGGAUGUUCAUUUAUUGUCUCUUUGAACAGGUUGGAAUAAACAAAAGUGAUCCUUUUUUA